CAAUUGUAGGAGGAUCGAGGAGCGGAGUAUUCUAACUAGACGUUACUUUCUCACGUUUGCCAUUGGACGAGGAAUUCUCAAUAUAUGAGCUUUCUACACUGUCUAUUAUGUCAAAACUGGAAGUUUUUGCUAAAACACUAGCAGAUUUGGGACACAAACGGUUCAGGAAAAAUCCGCGUGUAUAUCCAAAGGCAAAGAGCAAACUUCUAAAAGUAAGGCAACCAACUCCCGUCGAUCCAGAAGAAGAUGAGCUUUGUCGGAAAUGGUGGACAGAUUACCGAUUACAGUAUGAAGCCACUAGCAAAUUGUUCGCGUAUGAGAUCUACCGCCAAAAAAUGGAGGCGAUGGCAAUUUCACGAACUGAUCAUGAGCAUGAGCGUAAUAGACGUCAGGAACUCACAGAACACUGGAAUAGAGAAACCCAGUUAGCUGCUACAGGCAAAUUAGAAGAACUUCUAAAACUUCAAAUUGAAAAGCAAAAUAUAAAAAUAGCCGAAUUUACGAAUAAAGAAACAGUAUUCUCAGAGAAGCUACAAGCUGAUCUUGCUGCCAUUAAAAUGUUAUCUGAACAAAUGAUUACAGAAGAGAAUUUAGACGAAAAAAUAGAGGAGAUCAUGAAUUCCGAUAUAGUCGAUUACAAUUUUAUAGUUGAUUACAAGGGUAAUAUUAUCCGAGGAAGUAAACCGCUACAAGACAAAUCAGUACCCCGUACCGGCGUCCAGGAAGAAGAAGAAGAAGAAGAGGGAAGUGUACAGAACAAUGAUGCAAUGUCAGUUACUUCGUAGAAUAAUUUUCUCUUUUACUAGAAAAUAUUUGUAUGAAUACUUAUGUAGUGAUUAUGAUUAGUAUGAUUACAUUGUAUAUAAAUUAUUGAUUUAUACAUCCUUUAUCCGUG